AUGGAUAAUCACACUUGUCCGAGGCCUUUUGUUAAUGAAGAUGUCUUUCCAUAUACGGACGGAUACUUUGAAUCCAGACUAGACAUAGUUGGCUGGUGUGCCAUACCAGUCUUUAUCAUCAUAUUUCUUCUCAUUCUCACAUACGCUGUCCUUCCAAAGGAGGCUACCGGUCGUCAUUAUUUGACGACUGUCCCUGGAAUUGGGUUUCUUCUUCUAUCUCUCACCUACAUCCUACCUCUCAUUCACCGGCCUGAUCAAUGUGCCGACCACAUCACUCCCAACGAUAGUACAUCGGAUUCUAUGUGCACUGGAACAGUGGUUGUUAUCGUGGUGGGGGUAUGGUUUGUCGUGAUUAGUUGCCUAUUCCGGGUUCUAUCCCUCCACCUAUAUGUGGUCUGGGAGAAGAAACUGGGAGUAAAGUUCAUGACGGUCUCAUUGACUUGCAUUUUUAUGGGCACAAUUGCCCUAUCAGCGAUGCCAGUCCUUGUCACUGGCGCAUCAUACCAGUUCGGCGAGGUGUGUUAUCUUAAGCCUUCAGGGAACAACUGGUCGUUCUUAGUUCCUUUGAUUAUCGUAGCUGUUGCAAUAUUUAUAUUGCAAAUAUGGACUUUAAUACACUGCGUUAUGAGUGUAAUCCAGGGUAUCUGGGUGGAUCGGCGAUACUCUACGCAGGCAUCGAGAGAGUUGUACAAGGACGGGCGGACUUCUGUGCAAUCUAAUAAACUAUUGACCAGCAUGCAAUGGCGACCGAUGCUAACUGCGUUUGGCAUUGAUUUACAUGUCGCUCUGUUUUGUGCCUUAUUCAUCAUGGUACGGACAGAGCAUCACUUCACAGAAGACACGUUCGACACAUGGGUAAAUUGUCUACUCUCGUUCCCAGAUGACACGGAUCGUUGUUUGCCAGAAACUGGGGGCCUGGGUCCAAGCGAGGACCUUGUCUUUGCAUGCUUUCUGAUGCUCGGUAUCUCCGGCCUAUGGGGAGUCAUUCUUGUUAUGCGUCGCUCAAUGAUCCGCGGCUGGAUACAGUUAUUGAAGUCUUUCGUAAGGCCAGCUCGUUCUCCAGAUAUAGAUCUGGAACAUCAUAAUUGGAAGCGCUUCAGCGAAACAGAAAAGCAUUCUGUCCGAUCAUGA